UUUGAGGUAGGCAUCAUGAGACAGAUUCAACUUGCUAAUAGACUGUUGUGCCACAGGAGUUUGAUUAUACUUGCAGUAAAUAAUUGCUUUGCACUCGUUGUAGGUAUUCUUUAUGCAUUAUCUGAAUCUGAAAAAGUCCUACAGGGUGCCAUCCAGCAAUUAUGUGCUAUGUGGUGGGAGAAAGGACUGGAAGGAAAAGAACAGCUGGGGAAAACAGCUUUUAUUCUGCUGCUAAGAAAAAGUCUGAAAAGCAAAACUGUUACGGGUGCAGAUAUAGUUCGUCUAUGGCAUCUACACCAGACGUUACUGUGUUUUGAUUAUGACCUCGAGGAGACUAAUGAAGUAAAAGAUUUGUUGCUUCAGUGCUUUAUGAGUGUUAACCAUAUAAAAAAAGAAGAGGGAAGAAGAUUCCUUAGCUUUCUGUUGAGCUGGAAUGUAAACUUCAUUAAAAUGAUCCAUGGGACUAUUAAAAACCAGUUGCAGUGUUUUUCAAAAUCUCUGAUGGCAUAUGUUGCAGAAAUUUAUUUUAGGGCUUGGAAGAAGGCUUCAGGAGAGAUCUUAGAGAUUCUUGAGCAUAAUUGCAUUCAGGAUUUCAUGCAUCAUGGAAUCCAUCUUCCUAGGAGUUCUCCAGUGCAUCCUAAAGUGAGAGAGUUACUGAGUUACUUUCACAAACAAAGUAAAGUUCGUCAGGGAGUUGAAGAAAUGCUGUACAGAUUGUAUCAACCUAUCCUUUGGAGAGCAUUAAAGGCCAGAAACUCAGAAGUUCGAUCAAAUGCAGCAUUAUUGUUUGUCGAAGCAUUUCCUAUUCGUGAUCCCCAUUUUAAUAAUGAGGAUAUGGAUAAUGAAAUUCAGAAACAGUUUGAAGAACUUUUCAGUCUUUUAGAAGAUCCUCAACCAUUGGUCCGCUCUACAGGGGUACUUGGUGUUAGUAAAAUAACAUCCAAAUACUGGGACAUGAUUCCUGCAACCAUCCUUGCUGAGCUUUUAAAAAAACUAAUUGGAGAUCUGGCUUUUGAUGUAACUUCAGCUGAUGUUCGUUGUUCUGUUUUUAAGUGUCUGCCUAUAAUUUUGGACAACAAACUAAGCCACCCAUUAUUGGAACAGCUCCUGCCAACAGUAAAAUACAGUCUCCAUGACAAUUCUGAGAAAGUGCGAGUGGCGUUUGUUGAUAUGCUGCUGAAAAUUAAGGCUGUCAGGGCUGCUAAGUACUGGAAAAUUUGUCCCAUGGAGCAUCUUCUCUCUCGCCUUGAAGUUGAUUCACGUCCUGUGUCACGCCGCUUGGUAAAUCUCCUAUUCAACUCUUUCUUGCCUGUUAAUCAACCUGAGGAGGUAUGGUGUGAACGCUGUGUUACGCUAAUCCAGAUGAAUCCAGCAGCAGCCAGAAAAUUCUAUCGGUAUGCUUAUGAGUAUACUGCUCCCACCAACAUAGCUAAAUUCAUGCUCACUAUUCGGCGCUGCUUGAAUGCCUGCAUCCAGAGAGCAAUAAAAGAAAAUCAAGAUGAUGAUGAAGAAAGUGAAAAGGAGAAUAUAAGUAUGCUAAAUAAUGUGUUGUCAAUAAACGAUGUGGCUUCCAUGGCAAGUUUACUGGAGAUUACUGUCAUUCUCUGGAGAAGUAUUCACAAAGCACUUGAUCACAAUGAAGAAGCCAAAGGUUACACAAUCAGAAAGUUUGCCUCUGUACUACCAGAAUAUUUUAAAGUUUUUAAGGAUGAUCGUUGCAUGAUUCCAUUAGUUAUUCUGGCAUCUUUCAUGCCAGCUUCUGCUAUUCCUACAUUCAGCUGUGGUGUGAUCUCUAAAUUGAGGAAUCUUGAGAAGGGAGCUGAUGAAAAUAAAUACUCCACCCUGAUAGACUGCUUGUGUUGCUGGGGACAAGUGGGACACAUUAUGGAGUUAAUCUGUGAUUGGAUGUCUGAUGAGAUGACACCAAGAAAGAGCAAUACAGCAUCUGAGCGGCGAGUACGUAUCCAAGUAACAUACCAGUCAAAACCAGAAUUAGCACUUGAUUAUCUAGAAUAUUUAUUGACUCAUUCCAUGAAUCGGGAUUGCCUGCUAUCUGUCCCCAAAAAGAAAUUGAACCAGCUUUUAAAAGUACUUGGAGCUGCAAAGGUAAUACUUGUAGAAUAUUGA